AUGAACCCUCCAAUGUUCUUUGGUUCCAAAAAGGGUGAAGAUCCUCAAGAAUUUGUGGAAGAGGUUUACAAGAUAAUUGAUUCUAUGGGGGUGAAUUCUAUAGAGAAAGCAGAGCUAGCCGCUUAUCAAUUGAAGCAAAUGGAGGAUGUAAAACUCCAAGAAAAGAAUGUAGAAGUGAAGAGGGCAAGAAUCGAUGAUGGAAAUUCUUCCAAGGGUAAAUUUGAGGGUCAAGAUAGACCAAGGUUCAAGGGAAAGUUCUCCAUUCAAAUCUCCUCUAGUUCUCCAAGAGGUAACAAAGGUAGGGUGUCUUACCCUAAGACACAAGGAGGCAAUAGUGGUAGAUCUUCCAUGGAGAGGCCUACUUGUGCCAAGUGUGGCAAAAAGCAUGAUGGUAAAUCUCUUGCCGGCUUGGGUGUGUGCUAUUGUUGUGGUAAGAGUGGGCACCAAUUGACAGAUUUUCCAACAUGUACGGACAAGGGGAGCGAAGAUAAACAAACCCCUCCAAGUGGUUAA